AUGAUAAUAUUCUGGCAGGUACGAUUUGCACUUUCUUCAGUUACCUCAUGGUGGUCUGUUGAUGGCGAUUUCGACUACAUUCAAUUCUGGUGGUCCAUUGUGGACUUUUUCGAAAAGCCCCCUGGUCGAGAAGCGCAAUGCAGGGUCAAUAAACUUCUUGAGUGGUGGACAAGGAAGAUUUUUGGGAGGCACCACCAUGAUGACCUUAGCAACACAGCAAAAGCCAACAUGUCUGUCAAUGCCCUUGCAAGGCAGAGGGCACAACUCAAUGAUGCUACUUUUGAUUCAAACUAA